AUGGGGACUCGGCAGCGGGUCCUCGCGCCAUGGGCGGUGCUGCUGCUCGCGCUGCAGCUCGCCGGUGCCUCCCAUGUCAUCCACCGGAGCCUGGAGGCCGAGGCGGCACCGGCGUCGGUGCCAGCCUCCAUUGUCAGCCCCCUGCUCAGGACGGGAUACCAUUUCCAGCCACCAAUGAACUGGAUCAACGCUCCAAUGUACUACAAGGGAUGGUAUCACUUGUUCUACCAGUACAACCCCAAGGGCGCGGUAUGGGGCAACAUCGUGUGGGCUCACUCCGUCUCACGCGACCUCAUCAACUGGAUCGCGCUGGAGCCCGCCAUCUACCCGAGCAUCCCGUCCGACCAGUACGGCUGCUGGUCGGGCUCGGCGACGAUGCUGAAAGACGGCACGCCGGCGAUCCUGUACACGGGGAUCAACCGCCCCGACAUCAACUACCAGGUGCAGGUGGUCGCGUUCCCGAAGAACGCGUCGGACCCGCUGCUCCGGGAGUGGGAGAAGCCCGCGGCGUACAACCCGGUGGCGGCGCCGGUGGGCGGCAUCAACGCGACGCAGUUCCGCGACCCGACCACGGCGUGCCGGGACUUCAGGACGUGGAGGAAGGCCAAGCACCCGCUGCACUCGGCGCUGACGGGGAUGUGGGAGUGCCCGGACUUUUUUCCGGUGUCCGGGCCGGCGCUCCGUGACGGGCUCGACACCUCCGAGGCCGGCGCCAAGUACGUGCUCAAGAGCAGCCUGGACCUCACACGGUAUGACUACUACACCAUCGGGUCGUAUGAUAAGAGGAAGGAUCGGUACUACCCGGAUAACACCAACGGUGACUACCACCGGCUGCGAUACGACUACGGCAACUUCUACGCGUCCAAGACGUUCUACGACCCGGCGAAGCGGCGGCGGGUGCUGCUCGGGUGGGCCAACGAGUCGGACAGCGUGCCCGACGACAAGGCCAAGGGCUGGGCCGGCAUCCAUGCGAUCCCAAGGAAGAUCUGGCUGGACCCCACCGGGAAGCAGCUGCUGCAGUGGCCCAUCGAGGAGGUUGAGAAGCUCAGAGGAAAGCCCGUCAGUGUGGGCGCCAAGGUAGUCAAGCCCGGCCAGCAUUUUGAGGUCACAGGCCUCGCAACCUACCAGGCUGAUGUGGAGGUGACCUUCGAGAUCUCGAGCUUGGAGAAGGCGGAGCCCUUCGACCCGGCGUACGACACCGACGCGCAGAAGCUGUGCGGCGUCAAGGGCGCGGACGUCAAGGGCGGGGUGGGGCCCUUCGGCCUGUGGGUGCUGGCCUCUGCCGACCUGCGGGAGAAGACGGCCGUCUUCUUCAGAGUCUUCAAGGACGGAUACGGCAAGCCCAAGGUGCUCAUGUGCACCGACCCCACCAAGUCAUCUCUUAGUCCAGAUCUGUACAAGCCGACCUUCGCGGGCUUCGUCGACACUGACAUUUCAAGCGGGAAGAUUGGUCUCAGAAGCUUGAUCGAUCGGUCCGUGGUGGAGAGCUUCGGCGCGGGAGGCAGGACCUGCAUCCUGUCACGGGUCUACCCGUCCAUCGCCGUUGGAAAGGAGGCUCACCUCUACGUUUUCAACAACGGUGGCGUGGACGUCAAAGUGUCAAGUCUGACUGCCUGGGAGAUGAAGAAACCGCUGAUGAACGGCGCCUAA